UUCGCGACUGCGACUUCGGACGCAUGCUACCGAAAUUGCACGUUUGGUGUGGUGAAAGUCGCAGCACGUGAAACAGCCUAUACGCGUUGCUUUCUCGCACUGGCACGGAGAGCAACGCGCGUGCUGCGCCCAGGACGGCCCUGCGCGGCAGCUUCUGAUACUAUUCAUACGGAGCCAGAGGCACACAGCUGCCACUGACGGGCGCUCGACAGAACGCCAGUAAAGCGAAGCCGAGCCAACCGCGAUUCUCGCUUGUCGCAGCAGGGUCACAACGAUGUCGCGGUUAUCGCUCCGGCUGCUUUUCAGCCCACCGGUGGCAGUGCGGCGACUGCGUACAUGACAGCGAUCGAGGAGCGACAGCAGCUUUCUUCUCGCCACUAAUGCUGUUAGUGAUCACCGGACACUGGGAGAAAGCGAGUUUCCGGAUUCUGCAUGGAAUAGAGCGCGCAGCUCAAUUGGUGACCUCCCAUUCAACGGCAACAUUCUGCACACCGUUUUCGCAUCAGACGCAGACAAGCUCUGUGCACCAUGGCCAUUCCAUCAGUGUCGCCCUCGAAAACCGGCUUGCAGCCUUCCCCUGGAUUCAUUGACAGCUGCUGGACGGUUCCGUUCAUCACCGCUUUCAUGUGCCUCCUUGUGUCCAUUCCUCAGACCAACAGCGGCCUCCUGUUUGUUCUGUUUAUGAAUGGGUAUGACGUCGACCGGCAAACAGCCUCGUGGCCUAGAACCAUACACACAGCGACGACCAGUCUGAUGGGUUUUGCACUCGGAGCUAUUCAACACAGAGUGUCCAUUCACAGCACGAUCUUGGCAGGCGCCCUUCUGUGCCCUGUGGCCAUAAUCGCCAGCGCAUUCGUGCCAAACAUGGCUUGGAUGUCCGUCACUUUGGGAUUGCUCUUUGGGGCAUCGUACGGCGCUAUUGUUAUAGAAACAGCUGUGUACGUUGUUUCCUACUUUGAUGAGUACAGAGGCUUCGCCAUGGGUAUGAAGUUCCUGGGCGUUUCGGUGUCAGGAAUGGUCGGACCUUCACUGUUGUCCUACUUGGCGUCGGAACAUGGUCCAAAAGGCUGCUUCCUUAUUGUCGGAGCACUGGCACUAAAUUUGAUUCCUCUUGCUUUCAUGCUGCGAUACUCAAAACCCGUCAGGUGGUCACGUUGCAGACAACGGAGGGCAUCGGGCGAAGCAGUGCGAAAUGUGGCCGCAACCUUGUACGGGGCGACAACGCAAAUUCAAGACCCCAGUGGUAGUAGUUAUACUAUACAACAACCUGAAUUCGCACGUGACGCUGCAUUAGUGAUGACCAAUGGUGAGGUAGGCCAAAGUGCACAUGCCAUCGGUACCAAGAACGCAGUCAAUAUUGCCUCAAAGCCUUCGAUGUGCUCUGCAACACCGUCGCAUAAACCACUGGAACAGCACAGCGCUCCCGUGGGCAUUAUCGGGCAAGUCAUAAAGGUUUUACGUUCGCCCUGCUUCUACGUUCUCUUGGUGGCUAUGGUGGCAUCAGACUUCACUCUUCCGCUGUUCGGUUCCACUAUAGUUGACUAUGCAGUGGACAAAGGCAUUGCACUGAACGCUGCCGCCCAGCUCGUGACGUGCCAGUGCUUGGGAGGUUUCAUCGGACGCCUCAUCGUUCCACUGAUUACAGACAAGCUCGCGCACAGCCGUUGCCCCAUCACGGCCCUCAGCCUGGCAGUGUUGACGCUGUGUUUCUGGGUUUUUCCGCAUGUGGGCAGCUUCGCAGCCGUGGCAGUGGUGAGUUUUGUCACUGGUGUCCAGCAGGGAUACUUGAACACCUUCAAGUCCGUCCUCGUAGCGGACUACUUGGGUGUGCACAGCAUUGCGGCGUCCUGGGGUCUCAUGGGCGUGGCAUUGCUACCGCUCAUAUUCUGCGAACCUUCUAUCGUGGGUGCAUUCCGUGAUACGAGGGGCUCGUACGACAAUCUCUACCGAAUGUGUGGUGCCGUGGACCUGUUCGCCGCACUCAUGGUGUCUGCACAGGCCUUCAUUGACGCCAGCAAGAGGAGAAGCAAUCUACAAACUUGCUCCUCGACCUGAGUUUACGAGGGCCAAUUUAAGUAAACGCCCCAACCGGAUGGCGACUGCGGUGUCGCAACGACGUUACCUAUUUUCGUCAGUAAAUAAACACUGCUAUCCGAGCUGGAAUGCGGACAGCAAGACCUUAAAUGUAGGCGGCUUUUAUGCCUGAUAUCAAUGGGCCACUAAAUAGAAAAAUAAAUUCAGCAAUACAAGAAACUUACCACUUUAUUAAAGGGAGGCCUGAACCACCACUCGGGCUUGGUGAAAAACAUAGUCUGCAGAUAGCAUACGCUGCUGUGAACAUCUCACCCAAGUUUUGUAGUCGUGCGCGGUGCAUGGAACUCGUAAGCGGAGCGCGAAGUCACCUUUCUCUCAAACGCUCUCUUUUAAACAGAAGCCAUGUUUCUCACCUU